AUGAGUUCCGGCAUGCGGGGCUCUAGCUCGAAAGACUACCGCCCCUCGGUGCCCUUGACUCCCGAGCAAGAGGGAGUGGUAGCUCAGUUCUUGUCCAUCACGACUAGUCGACCUAAUACUGCUGCCGAUUUUGUUUUGCGCAUGAGUGUUGUCUUGCAUCAAGGCAACGCGCGAGAUUCUCUCGCCGCGCAUCCUGAGAACAACGAAUGCACUUCGAAGUAUAUCACUGUGUGA